GUUGUCUACUUAUUAGCAAGGGUUCACCCAAGGAUUUAGAGAUUUACUUUUCAAAGCUUUGAAUCUCUCUUUUCUUGAAAAGAAAUUUUGAUCUGAUUUUAGUCCCGUUAGAAGAUUCAAAGAAUCGCAACGAAGCUGACGCAGAGGGCCGGUAUGUUACGAGUUGUACCACUGAAAAGAACCGAGAACUUACGGAGAGCAAGCAGUCCAAGGGUAUCGGCAUGGCAAUGGCCUGUCCGUUGGACCCACGAAAUGAUCGAAGAGAAGCCCUUUGAACACAAAAGGACGACGGCGACAAAAGCAGAAGCUCUGACUCUCCUCUCGCUCCUCACUAAUAGUAGCUAGAGGUAUCAGAACCCUGUCCUGCCGUGGGUAAGUUUCUGCGUGGUGACAACCAGGUUGGCUAUUUGAGUGUCAAGAUCAGAUCAAGAUGGCCCAACAGGAAGAGGGGAUCGUUGUGAAGCGGUCACAGGAGGCCAAUCCCAACCAGCAAGCCCCCUUGGCUGAACCAACAUGGUCCUCCAAUGUUGUCUUCUACCCUCCCUCUAAGAAAUACUGGAGGAUUGGUAAUCAGUGGUAUGAUUUAUCCAAGUUUAAUCAUCCAGGAGGAAAGCAGAUUCUCGAAAUCUCCCGCGAUCGAUUCGAAGAUGCUACCUUUGUCUUUGAGUCACACCACCAUGACUACAAAAAGGCCCGAAAGGUCCUGAACAAGUAUUUGGUUCCGAGCAGUGUGCUAGAAGAAAAGCAGAACAACCCCAACCAGUCUGAGAGUACCAUUGCUUCCCGCCCUACUCGAUCCCAAGAAGAAUCCAAGAACAAGGUGUUUUCCAACGGCAAUGGUGGAAGUCCUGAUAAUCUCCACCAUGACCGAUAUUUGGAUGCCAAUAAACACCCCAAGCUCAUGGCGGAUGAUGCCUUUUAUUCCGUCUUGCGACAGCGCGUGGCGGAUUACUUGAAGGAAAUUGGAUACAAGGAUGGUGGCCCCACAUGGGAAUGUGUCAUUCUCUUUUGGAUAGUAUUUGUGUCCUGGGCGGCGGGCAUGUACUCCACCUGGCUCACUGGAUCGAUUCUACUGGCAGGUGUCACGGGCAUCCUGGGUGCAUUCCUGGGUGCCUUUGGACACAACUGGGUCCACCAACCCAAGUACAAAGAAUGGGGAUGGGCUCUUUUGUCCUUGGAUACCCUUGGUUUCUCUAGUGAAGGUUGGUACCGUGAGCACCUUCUUCAGCAUCACAUGUACACCAACACGCCGUGGGACAACCACUUUCGAGGGACGGACCCAUUCCUUGUCACUGAUCCUACUCGGCCAAGAAACUUUGUCCAAAAAUACAUUACACCCGCCAUGCUGCCGAUCAUACUUUGUUUUGGCGCCUAUGGGAACUACACGGCUCACCUGACCUGGCUCAUUCAAGGACAAGAAGUACCCAGCAUUGGAAAGGUCCUAUUCCCCCUAUGGCACUAUCUUUUUUGGUCACGUUGGGGUCUCUACGGUUUGUUGCUCAUGUUUUGCACCAAUUCCAUUACGGGCAACUACUACUUUACGAUGGCUCUAAUGAACCACAAUGCCGAGCACACGCAGAAUGUUCAAGCACGAAACAAGUCCUGCGAUUGGGGAGAGGCUCAAUUGCACGUCUCGGCUGAUUGGAGUGUGGACAUGAACUUUUAUCAAGGAAUCCUGUAUCUUUGGCUCAACUUUCACACGGUGCACCAUUUGUUCCCGAAGGUUGACAUGUCACACCAUCCUGAAAUUACAAGAAUUCUAAAGCAAACCUGCAAGGAAUUCGAGAUUCCCUAUGUGUGUGGAAGCCCCGGGCAAAUCUACAAGGAGAUGAUCCAUUCGUUCUCCGAACCCCAGUCCCUCUUGCAAGAGAUUAUGGUGUAUGCUGGCGGUAUCUAGCUAGCUUUAGAGCUAGUGGAGCACGGCUAUCGCUGCAGCAUUUGUGUUUCUCGUGACAUUAAAAUUGGCGCAAACGUACUGACUGUCCUGUCCUGUGAAUCAAAUUGAAAGCAGUUGACACGGUGAACUGGCUCAUACACAAAACAACAACAACAACGAUGAGCAGCUCGCCAGUAGUGUCGCUCAGUGAAAACAAAAACAUGAAAAUAAUGUAGAUUGACUUUUUUUUAAUGCUCACAUAGGUGUCGAGUUGGUAGCAAAUGGAUGGACUGGAGACCAGUUA